CAGUGGCGAAACGUACGAAAGUGUAUCGAUGGACGAGGACAAGUUUGUGUGUGGCGUGACCCCUGACAACAAGCUCGACUGUGCAUGGAAUGGCAUCAAGUCUAAGAGCCCCAACUGGUCCCGACAGAAUGGCUUGUUUAAGCAGGCUAUCCCGUCCCCCCCGUCCCUUCUGGCGCAAAUCUCGUACGACGGUGAACGUGUGUGUGGAAUCACCACGUCCAACACGGUUCUGUGCACCACGUUCGACCCCACGAAACCGUUGGACUGGUACUCCGUGCCAGGCUCCAACAUUGCUGUGGUGUCAGUUCAAGGGGACAAUGUGUUUGCAAUCACCACCGACUCAAAAUUGUUACUAAAUGUUACAACGCCAGCCCCAACUACAACCCUAGCUCCUACUACAACGGUGGCUCCUACUACCACCCUAGCUCCUCCAACUACCACGCGAGCUCAAACUACCACGGACACUCCUACGGUGACGCCAACAACUACGGAGGCACCAACUACCACGCGAGCUCCCACUGAGGCCCCCACUGAGGCCCCCACUGAAGCCCCCACUGAAGCCCCCACUGAAGUCCCCACUGAAGCCCCCACUGAAGCCCCCACUGAGGCCCCCACUGACACACCAACGGAGGCUCCCACUGAUGCACCAUCGGAGGCCCCCACUGAUGUACCAACGACUACGGCGGCUCCUGCGAAGGAGAAAUCUCGAUUGAAGGCAUAUUGCUGA